UAACACCUGAACAACAACAACUUAUCGCCCACCAGCUCAUCUUAGCAUAGCCCACCCCUUCCCUUUCUGUCUUUCUCUCACGGCAGAGCAGUAGAGCAGCGGCGAAUGAUGUCGAACACAGACGGCGCUUCUAACGGCGUAGCUAACGGUGCCCUCAUGGACCCACAACGCCAGCAGCCUCCCGGCAAUGGUGCACUAACGGUGAAGAAACCGCCGGCAAAAGACCGCCACAGCAAAGUCGACGGCCGCGGCCGCCGUAUCCGCAUGCCGAUCAUCUGCGCCGCUCGGGUCUUCCAACUAACUCGUGAGUUGGGCCACAAAUCGGACGGUCAGACCAUAGAGUGGCUUCUCCGCCAGGCUGAACCGUCCAUCAUUGCCGCAACUGGUACCGGAACUACACCUGCCAAUUUCUCCGCGGUAGCCGUCUCCGUUAGAGGCUCUUCCAACAAUUCCGUCUCCGCCGCUCUCGACCAGAAACCCACGCCUUCCAUGCUGGGGCCUACACCCUUCAUCCUCGGCAAGCGACUCAGGAAUGAUGACGAUGAUGAUGAUGAUGAUGCAUCUCCCAAAGAAGACUCCACCGUCAGCGGCGGCGGCGCUGCUUCCUCCGCUGGUGGUGGCGGCGUGGGUCCCACUGCCGGUGGUUUCUGGGCUCUUCCGGCUCGGUCAGAUUUCGGCCAGGUUUGGAGCUUCGCUGCUGCACCGCACGAGAUGGUGGUGCCAACGCAGGCGGCGGUGGUUGCUGCUUCGCAGCAGACGGUGAUGGCUGGGAGGUUUGGACAGCAACCCAUGGGAGAGGCAUCGGCAGCGAGGGUUGGUAAUUACCUGCCGAUCACUCAAGGGCAUCUCAAUUUGCUGGCUUCGUUAUCUGGUGCUUCGGCUUCGUCGGGGAGAAGAGAUGAUGAGCCUCGUUGAUUAGUAUUGCUUUCGUGUGUUUGUGUUUUGAGUUUGUGUGUGUGUGGGUUUUGGGGUUGUUAUUACGGGUAAUGGUUAGGGAUUUUAGUUGAUGAAAAAUUAUGAAUGCAAUCGAUUAGGGGUUGUUAGUAGCACUUUGCUUGUCUUUCUCUCUGAAUCUUAGGGUUUAGUUUUCUUCUUCUGUGUAUUUCCUUAGUCUUUUAGGGUUUGAAGUUUAUUUCAUUGAAGGGAGAGUGAGCAAGGAAGGGGGGGCUUUGUUUUUUGUGACCCUGGCGAUCAUCUUCACUGGAAGGGACUCUUGUGUUUUGUUUUUGCUGCUUCCUUGAGUAUUAACUAUGAAGGGUUAGCCAGAGAAGAAACUUGGGAUCAUUGAAAAUUGGCUUUUGUUUAAUGGUGGAUGAUGUGGUUUUCUUCUUUCUCGCUUUCCCUGGUUCAGGGCAAGGUGGUUUCUGUUGUUGCUGCUGCUGCUGCAUAAUGAGCAUUGGGGGUUUGUGAUGUUUGAAGGUUGUUUUGCAGAAUGGGGCUCUGAUGAAGUGGUUUGAUUAGCUCUCUGGGUGGCGAAAUAGGAGUUCAGGGUAAUUGUGCUUCUGAAAUUAUUUUCGAUUUUCCUUCUGGGCUACUGUUACCAUGGUGAUAAGCUGCUACAUGAGCAUUGAAGUUUACCUUGGUGUAGCUGGAAUUAUUUUCUCUGGGGAUCCUGAUUUUAGAGCAGAUUUCCAAGCUGCCAUUUUGGUUAAUUGCGAGAGAAGAAUUACAUUGUUUUUGCUGCGUCAUGUGUGCUGGGUUUAUCUCUGCAACUGGGGUCCUCACGCUCUCUAUCUCCCGUGAUCUCUAUGUUCAUGUCGAGGACUUGAUGAAGACUGCUGCGGAAAUGCUCUUGGUCCAUGCUUGUAAGAUCUCGUCUUUUCUAUUAAUCUGAUUUUUUUUAGCAUUUCUUAGAUUUAUCAGCAUGACAAUAAUGGGGUUUUGUGUAUGUAAUGGAUUGUUUGGGGUGCCUGCAGUGUGAAUAAAAUGUACGUCUGUUUAUUUCUU